GUUUUGGUUGUUAAUCUGUUAUUCUUUAGUCAAUCGUUCACUUUUUUGUAGCCAAAGAAAAGCCUUUGUGUGCUUAAACAUUGGUCUAGAUAUGGUACAGAAUUUCCGCGAAUAGUUUUUCCUAACACCAAGGAAAGAAAUGGCAGGCAAAAAGACAGUUUUUAUCUAAAAAUUAACGUUUUAGGAUAUUUACCUAACCAAAGAUGUCUUCCUCGUGUCUAAAUUUAUAAAAGUGAAAGUAAAUAAUGCAUAAUUUGCAUAUUUCACUCUAGAACUAGACGCUCCGGAUCGAAUACAAUAUUUUAAAUAUGUAUAAAUCUAAGUAAUAGAGAAAGAUUACUGAUUAUAUGUUAAUAUCACAGUUAAUGUUCACUAAAUGUUGUUAAGUUGCAAGCUUUACAAUUUGAUUGGCACAUGCCUGCCUACUCUUUCAUUUUUUGUAGGACAGACAUGUUUACAACUAUGUGAGCCGUGUGUUCGGUCUGACCUUUAGGCCUAGUAAAACAUCACAGAUCUGGUUCUUCAGGUUUGCUGCGGAAGUCUGACUUGAAUGGUUCACUUAUUUUUCCCUCUGAGUAAAUAUGUCAGAAGGUUUUGUUACCAUGAUAUUCAUACUCAUGCUCUACAAGUGCUUUAAGGGGCAACGAGUUCAGAUGAAUGCCCUGUAAAGUUCCAGCCUGGCCAACAUCCCCCUCAGUCCAGAGACUGCUCAGGACCAAGAGAGGCGAAUUCGCAGGGAAAUCGCUAAUAGCAACGAGCGCCGGCGUAUGCAGAGCAUCAACGCAGGAUUCCAGUCCCUGAAAACACUCCUGCCGCACACCGACGGGGAGAAACUCAGCAAGGCGGCCAUCCUGCAGCAGACAGCAGACUAUAUCUUCACCUUGGAGCAGGAAAAGACGCAGCUUCUGGCACAGAACAAUCAGCUCAAGCGCUUCAUCCAGGAGUUAAGUGGCUCAUCGCCUAAAAGGAGGCGAGCAGAGGAGAAGGAUGAAGGGAUUGGGUCUCCAGACAUGUUGGAGGAGGAGAAGGUUGAAGAGCUGAGGAGGGAGAUGUUAGAGCUGCGGCAGCAACUGGACAAGGAGCGCUCGGCUCGCAUGCAGCUGGAGGAUCAGGUGCGCUCUCUGGACACUCAGCUGCACCCAGAGCGUCUGAAGGUGAUCACCCAGCAGGUGGAAGAGGAGCAUGCACUCAUCCAGAGCCAGACCCUGCUACGGCUACACCAGAUCCACGCUGUGGACAGACAGACACACAGUCCACAGGUGUUGGCUUCUCCCCCUGCCCCCACCCACCACCCCACGGUGAUAGUCCCAGCUCCAACACUAACCCAGCACCCCCACCAUCACGUCACAGUGGUCACCAUGAGCCCAUCAGCCCACACCAGCACGGUGUCCACCUCUAGACAGAACCUGGACACCAUUGUGCAGGCCAUCCAGCAUAUCGAACGCACUCAGGAGAGGAGAGCCAGCGCUGAGGAGGAGCAGAGAAGAGCUGUCAUUGUAAGCCCCGCCCACAUCGCCAUGGACACCGCCUGCUCUGACACAGACACUGACACAGAGGGGGAGGACAGUUCAAUGAAUUGAUCCAUCCCAUGAACUCUCUUUCUCUUUUACUCUCCCUCCCUCACACACACACACACACACACACACACACACACACACACACACACACACACACAAAUACCUUUUCACUGUAAGAUUCCCUCCAGGAGGUUGACUGCUUUUUGACAGAAAAGAAAAAGUUUAAAAAAAAGUCGUCUUUGGCAUUAUCCAAACUCCUAAAAUCCAAUGGUUAAGCUCUGUGUCAGUCUUGUACUGUAAAAUCUCUUAAUAUUGAAAACAUAGGAUGGUCAGCGUGCAGAGGAGACACUGUGGGAUCUCUCGAGGCUGUCUUUCAAUGGCAGAGCCGGUCUGUGACUAUUAUGAAACUUGAGGGUCUUCUAGUGUAAAAAAGCUAUCAGCAUCAGUCCGCCCUUCAUUUUGUGUUUACGCGUCGCAGUAAUCCAUCGUCACUGGCACACCGGCAGUAUUACUUGUGCUUCAAACUGAUGGGAGUCAGUGUAACAGAGAGCUGAAUGUAUGAUCGCAAUAACCGAGCAGCUCUCAAUUCUGAAACUCAAACUACAGCUGAAGCAGUUUCGAAAUGCCAGAAUUUGGAAUGAAAUUCACCUAAUUACAAGUUUAAUUUGAGGAUACUCGCUUAAAGAAAUUGUCUGAUUUUACUUGAAAGAAAAAAUGCUUUUGAUGUCUAAAUAAGCCCUUAAAAUAAGCUCUUGAUCAAUUUACUUUGGUCGUCUUUUUGGUUAUGUUUUUGUUAACUUUAUGUCAGCGUUACUGAAUACGGAAGGUGAACAAUUUCUUAAAUUGAAUUUAUCAAAUUGGAGGUUUAUCAGGUUUUUACAGGGAACCGGGGUCCCUGAGGGGAUUUUUUUAAAUUUUAUUUUAUUUUUU